ACCCAGUAAGUUCUCGGAGUGCUGUUUGGUAAUGCUACCUUAAAUAGACUGCACUCCUACUGGCUGGACUUUGUGAACAGAGAAUUAAUCCUCCCAGGUGCAUGCCUGUAUAAAAACCUUUAGGGUGGUCUGAGAAGAUGCACAGGAAACUUCAAACUCACUCUGCUAAAGAAGCAUUCCUGCUAUGAUCACACAGCACCUGCCACUCCGCAACGAAAUUCAAAGAGCAAUGGACUGCCCAAGCAGAGAGAAGGAGCUUAAUGAACAGCAGUCUGAAUGUCAGGAUGAGUCUAAUUGCCCUGACUAUUCAGAAUCCAAUUCAGAAUCACCAAGAAUUCUUAAAAUACUGCAGAAGUGGAUUCCUACAGUUUCUCCUUAUUUUGACAAGGAGCAUUAUUGUUAUGCAGACCAUCAGAUCACUAUUCAAGAAUCAUUAGACCACUUCGGAGCUAUAGUAUGGCCCGGUGCAUUGGCUUUAUCUCAGUACCUGGAAUCAAAUCAACAAGAGAUCAACCUAAAAGACAAAAAGGUACUUGAAAUUGGUGCUGGAACAGGACUGGUAUCCAUUGUGGCUAGUAUACUAGGAGCUUAUGUUACAGCUACUGAUUUGCCUGAAGUACUUGAAAAUCUCAAAUUGAAUAUUUCAAGAAAUACACAAAACAUGAAUAUACACCAACCUGAAGUGAGGAAGCUGGUAUGGGGAGAAGAUCUCAAUGAAGACUUCCCUAAAUCAACUCACCAUUAUGAUUUUAUUUUGGCAAGUGAUGUUGUCUACCACCAUACAUCUCUGGAUCCAUUACUAACAACAAUGGCAUAUUUAUGCCAGCCAGGGACAGUAUUAUUAUGGGCAAAUAAGUUCAGAUUCAGCACAGAUUUUGAAUUUUUAGAGAAACUUCGCAAUAUACUAAUCGUUACACUUCUAGCAGAAUUUCCAGAAUCAAAUAUCAAGCUGUUUAAAGCCACAGUAAAAGAGAAUUAAAACAAUACAGUCACAAUUCUGAUGCCCUUCAAAGUUUGAGCUUUUAGUUUUUAGUACAUAAUGCACACUACGUGCAUUAAUGUCCAUAAACCUGUCCCUGAGUCUUUGAAUUUUGCACUUCAAUACAUGAAAAAUUAAGAUGGAUGAUAAUAUCAGGACACUACUUAAUAGUCUGAUUUGUCUCAUAAGCUUAUAUACAUGAUUUACUCAAGCAAAUCAAUUUAUUGCUGCCAGAGGGUCCGCAGUAACAAAACACAACCAGAAGGUAAAGCUCCAACAUUUCAAAUCAACUAUUAGAUCUAGCUAUACAGUAAUUCCUCGCUUAACGUUGUCGUUAUGUUCCUGAAAAAUGCGACUUUAAGCGAAAUGAUGCUAUGCGAAUCCAAUUUCUCCAUAAGAAUUAAUGUAAAUGGGGGGGUUAGGUUCCAGGGAAAUUUUUUUCACCAGACAAAAGACUAUAUAUUCCACAUAUACACACACACAAACACACACACUAUCCUUUUUAAACAAACAAUUUAAUACUGUACACAGCAAUUAUGAUUGUGAAGCUUGAUUGAUGUGGUGACGUCAGAGGGUGGGAUAUUUCCCAGGGAAUGCCUUACUGCUAAAUGAUGAACUAGUACUCGGCUGAGCCCUCAAGGGUUAACCCGUUGUUGUUAAUAUAGCCUCACACUCUACCAGGCAGCACAAAUGGAGGGAGGAGAGACAGUAUGGCAGACAGAGACGUAGACACACGAGAGAGAGAGAGAGAGGUGGAUAUUGCUCAAGUACGCUGUCCUCACUUUAAGUACAUUGCUUUUUUAAGUAGAUCAGCAAGUUGAGACAGCAGCUGCUGCAAGCAAGCUCCCUCUGUCCUGAACCCUGUCAUGUCGUCUCCCCCCUGACCCCACUCUAUGGAGAUGGGGUAAGUGGGGGGCAGGAACGAGGGAGGGGGGACACCCUGACAUUAGCCCCCCCACUUCCUCCCCCCCCCCCACAGCUAGCAGGAGGCUCCCGGGAGCAGCUCCAAGGCAGAGGGCAGGAGCAGCACAUGGCAGUGGGGGGAGGGACAGCUGAACUGUCGGCAACUGGUAGCUUGCUGGGCGGCAGCCGCACAGGGAACUUAAGGGAGCGAGGAGCUGAUAGGGGGGCUGCUGGUCCACCCUGGUUCCAAGACCCCACUAGCUAGCUCCAAUGGGCUGCUCUUUCUGCAAGCAGUGGACAAAGCAGGCAGCUGACAAACAAUGUUAUAAAGGAGUAUUGCGCAACUUUAAACGAGCAUGUUCCCUAACUGAUCAACAACGAAAUAACGUUAACCGGGAAGACUUUCAGUGAGGAGUCACUAUACAU